UUGGUGCGGACUGAUCGACCGCACGCGAGUAGUAUGGUGGCGCCCGAUCUGCUGUCGCCUCGAACCCCAUCCCCAUCUGCCCGUGUAACAACCGCCCCCAUCAUACGGGGGUUCGGAGGAAAUAUUCCAUUCCGCUGCACCCGGUGUCGCUCGCUCUCUGCGACUCCCUCCCUCCGAGCUUCAGAAAGCUAUCGGCUUCGCGCUGGAUCGUGGACUCUAGGCAUGGCGGCUGGAGGGGGCGUUGGAUCGUCGGAGCGCGACGGCUCGCUGGCGCUGUACGAGGAGUCGUUGAAUUGCCUGUCCUCUCUCAUCACUCGACGCACUCGAGCUGAUGGGACGAACAAGGGCGACAACUUCGAUCUAAUGUUUGACUAUCUAAAGAUGCUAGAGUUGGAUGGCCCGAUCUCUCAACUGAAAGUUAUCCAUGUCGCCGGGACUAAAGGAAAGGGUUCGACAUGCGUGUUCACUGAAGCUAUUCUGCGGUGUUGUGGAUUUCGGACUGGGCUCUUUACAUCCCCUCACUUAAUCGAUGUCCGGGAGCGGUUUAGGAUAGAUGGGGUGGAAAUUUCAGAAGGGAAGUUUUUGGAAUACUUUUGGUGGUGUUGGAACAGGCUGCAGGAGAAAACUAAUGAUGAUGUACCCAUGCCAACCUACUUCCGGUUCCUUGCUUUGCUUGCAUUCAAGAUAUUUUCAGCUGAGCAGGUAGAUGUUGCUAUUCUUGAGGUUGGUUUGGGUGGAAAAUUUGAUGCAACUAACGUGGUGCGUACAAAUGCUAUUAAGGUGCAGAAACCUAUUGUUUGUGGAAUAUCUUCCCUAGGGUACGACCAUAUGGAAAUUCUUGGAAAUACACUGGGAGAAAUUGCUGGAGAGAAAUCUGGCAUCUUUAAGCGAGAAGUUGCAGCCUACACCGUGCCUCAGCCAGAAGAAGCAAUGUCUGUGCUCAAGGAUAAGGCUUCUCAAUUAGGUAUUCCUCUGCAUGUAGUAUCGCCUCUGGAUUCUGGAGCACUGAAGGAUCAGCAUCUUGGACUUGAUGGUGAACAUCAAUACAUAAAUGCAAGCCUUGCAAUUUCUUUGUCUAGAGCUUGGCUUAAAGAAACUGGAAAUACAGAAGGCAUAAAUUUUGAAGAUGCUACCUUUCUACCCGAGCAGUUUGUCAGAGGCCUCACAAAAGCCAGUUUUCAAGGACGAGCACAAAUUGUCCCUGAUUCACAUUUAAGGUCACAAGAGAGGAACUUCAACCUUGGGGACUUGGUUUUUUAUUUGGAUGGAGCGCAUAGCCCCGAAAGUUUGGAGGUGUGUGCAAGAUGGUUCUCACAUGUUAUCAGAGAAGAUACUCAACACUCAGAUACCCAAGGGGAACAACAUUAUGAUAGUUGCAAUGCUAGACAGAUACUUCUGUUCAAUUGCAUGUCAGUGAGAGAUCCUCAGUUAUUGCUUCCACGUCUCGUAAAUACUUGUGAGCAGCAUGGGGUCCACUUCCACAAGGCUCUUUUUGUACCAAACCAGUCAGUUUAUAACAAGGUUGGUUCCCAUGCAUCACCACCAGCAGAUCCUCAGCAUGUCGAUUUGUCCUGGCAGCUGACACUACAGAAAGUGUGGGAAAGCCUUGCCUGCAGCGACAAAGAUGCAGGACUAAGUAACACAAGGGAUCACGAGCGCAGUUCAGUAUUUUCUUCACUCCCUAUGGCUAUUAGGUGGCUCAGGGAAAAUGCUCAGCAAAACCGAUCUGCUCGUUUUCAGGUCCUAGUGACUGGUUCAUUGCACCUCGUGGGGGAUGUGUUGAGAUUGAUCAAGAAGUGAAACAAAAAUUCUUCAUUUGAUUAAUUGAGAAUCAAUUCAGGUGGGUUGAAAGUACCUGGUGGCUGCUGGCUGUUUGUCCAAAUGAAAUGUCAAUGGAGAUCAAAAGGAAAUUCUUAUGGCCUUCCAGGUCAUCGCUCUGUUGCAAAACAGUGUUGUCAGAAAGGAUGCUUGGAAUUUUCAGGUUAAGGAGGCCUGCCAAUAUAAUUAUGUUUCGUAUUCUGUAUUUGAAAAAGAUUGAUUUGACAUGGUACUGCCACAUUUUUUUUCCCUUAUUGAUGCUUAAAAUUAUUGAUACAUUUCCAAUA